AUGGCGGACGUGAACGACCUCAUGGCGCACGUCGGAGACUUCGGGCCGUUCCAGAAGCGGCUGGUGGCGCUGGGCUCGCUGCUCUUGAUCCCCUUCGCCUUCGUGCUGGUGGGGGUCGUGUUCUUAGGGCAGACGCCGGAUCACUGGUGCGCGGUGCCGACGGCCGAGCUCCUGCAAGAAGCGUGCGGCUGGACUGAGGCCCAGGCCAGGCGGGUCACCGUGCCCCGCUCGGGGACGUCCUUCAGCCGCUGCGAGAGGUUCCACUUGAACCGGAGCGUCAGCCGGGACCGGUGCAGCGACGAGGACUGGCUGCCGUCCAACCGGACCCUGGUGGUACCCUGUGAUGGAACAUGGAGCUUUGAUAAAAGUCACAGCACUUUUGUUUCGGAGUUCUUCUUGGUGUGUGAGAGAUCCUGGUUGGCGGACCUGAAUCAAGUCAUCCUGGCAAGCGGACUCUUCGUUGGAGCGUUCAUCACCGGCUUCAUGGCAGACAGGUUCGGCAGGAAGCCAUGUUUUAUCACCUUCACGCUCUGCCUCAGCGUGGCCGGGGUGGCUGUGGCGCUGGCGCCGUGGUACCCGCUGCUGCUGGUCUUCCGCUUCCUGCAGGGCUUCUUUGCCAAGGGCGCAUUGACGUCAUGUUACGUCCUCAUGUUUGAAUUCUUCAGCUCCAACAACCGGAAGUUUGUGUCCUUGGUGUGUCGGACGUCCUACUCCGUCGGCAUGGCGGUCCUGCCCGGCCUGGCCUACUUUGUGUCCUCCUGGAGGACGCUGCAACUUGUCCUUAGUGCACCUUGCUUCCUCUUCAUCUCCUACUGCUGGCUAGUUCCAGAAUCUCCACGCUGGCUUUUUGCUCAAAAGAGGACCUCGGAGGCCAUGAGCAUCGCGUCCGACAUCGCCAAGCGCAAUGGGAGGAGUCUGCCGCAAAACUUCCAAGAGAUCAUUCCUCUGGACGAGAAGAAAGAAGUCCAUCCUGGAUCAGUCCUGGACUUGGUGAGGACACCUUUGAUCAGGAGGAACACUCUCAUUCUAACCUACGCCUGGUUCACAAGCAGCAUUGUGUUCCAUGGCCUGGUUUUACGCCUGGGAAUAACAGGUGAUGACCAUUUCUUGGACUUCUUCAUCUCUGCGCUGGUGGAACUUCCUACGGGCCUCAUUUUCUACCUUCUGGUUGAUAGAAUUGGUCGACGCUCACUGAUGACCGCCACCAAUUUAACCGGAGGCCUCGCCUGCCUCGUAGUGCCCUUUGUCCCCUCCGAUUUGUCCUGGUUGAAAAAAGCCAUCGUGAAUAUCGGGAGGCUUGCCAUCGCUGUCGGAUUCGAGACAGUCAACUUCGCCAACACAGAGAUGUAUCCGACUACUCUGAGAAACGUGGGUGUGUCCGUGUGUUCGUCAGCCAGUGACGCCGGAGUCAUUGUGGCCCCUUUGCUGCUCUACAGGCUCUCAAAAAUCUGGCAGGAGCUGCCACUUCUCGUCUUUGGAGUUAUGUCGGUGGUUUACAGCGGCUUGGUGACGUUGCUGCCUGAGAUGAAGGGAGUCGCACUGCCGGAGACCGUGGAAGAUAUGGAGAACCUCAGACGGAAACGGAGCCGACACAAGCACACAAGCGACUUAUCCACGUGAUGAGAUUUCUGCUCUUUUCCAUAUUUAAGGUGAAGAUGUUCACAGUACUCCUGGUACUUAUGGGCUGACUUCAUGAAACUUUCAGGAAAUGUAAUGUUUCCAAUGGUUGCCAUGGUGAUUGCCCCUGGCUAGAUUUAGGCCCUAAACAGAAUUUUAUCUGA